CCCAGGUAUGGGACUCCCUGGCAGCACCUCUCUGGAAGGGGCAGGAGGAGAGCCCCGGGAAGGACCCCACUUCACCGAUCAGAGCUGUAAAGAAGCUAAGACUGUGACUCUGCCCACCUGCCUACUCUCUGGUCUCCUGUCCCUGAUUUUCUGGCCUCCUGCCCCGACACUGGCCAGCUGCUUUCAGGGCCUGCACCUCACACUGGACCCCGCUGGAGACCCUACUUGUUCCUGGCAGCCCCGGCUGCUUGGACAAAUCUCAGUCCCUGCAGGGGCUGCAGGUGGACCCCGAGGCCUACACUGCUCCUCGGAUGGUCUGCUUUUCCUGACGGCUGGAGCAGCACCCUGCGUCUAUGUGCUAGACCUGGAGGGACGAUCCAUCUGCCAACUGCCCUGCCACACGCCACGGGCUGGGGCCUUUGUUCCAGAGGAUGUGGCCGUGACAUCUUCAGGGCUUGUGGUGGUCAGCGACCUUGUCCAUGGAGCUGUCCAUGCUCUCGAGCACACUGCCCGAGACCCUCAGAGCCACUGGGUGAUAGUGGGGACUUUUCCAUCCCCUCAAGGGCUGACUGUGGAUGCCCUUGGUCGCUUUCUGGUAACGGACUAUGUGUGCGGGGCUGUGCACAUCUUCAAGUUGGCCCCUACCUGGGAGCCCCGAGCCCUACCCUCAGUGCUGGGUCUGGAGGGCCCUUGCUGGGUAGGUCCAGGGCCUGAAGGGGGCCUGGCAGUGAGUGAGGAGUUUAGGGAUGUGCAGCUGUUUGGCAGUGCCUGCCAGCCCCUGGGCUCCCUGGGGACCCUAACAGGGCACAGCUUUGGCCGCCCUGCAGGUGUAUGCUCUGACUCAGAGGGCAACAUCAUUGUGGCUGAUGAACAGAGGCACCAGGUGAUCCUGUUUCCCCGGGGAGGGCCACCCAUCUGCCUGCUGACAGAGGGGCUGAAGCGGCCUUUGGGUGUGACCUGUGUACCCCAGGGCCGGCUUGUGGUGGCAGAUGCUGGAGACAACUGCAUCAAGGUGUACCAGUACCUCAGAGAACUGGACUGACUGAUGGUGGACACUAUGAAAGCACCCCUCACCAUCCUGGCCAGCCUCUAGCCUCUUAAACCACUCCACAGGAGGUCAGUGGGUUCCUCUGAGGCUUCUGGCCAUGCUCUUGACUCUGAGACUCAAUGUACCUGGCCCUGGGGUGGUCCUGUGUCUUUCUCUCAGAGAGCUAUGAGUCAGCUGGCUCUCCUUCAAUGCUCCAAAGCUGGGCCUUUCCACAUCCCUGCUCAGGGUGCCCCUGGCCCUGUGUUCUUUGUUCCCAUGCCUACUCAAGCCUUGGCUCUGCUGGCUCAGGUCCCAGAAGCCUGAGCUCUGGAAUGGGCAACUGAACCCUAGAUCCUUUGGCAUGAUGGGCUGCCAGCCAGCACAUACCUAGGCAAGGUCUCCUGCCAGGCCCAGCUCCAGCCUCCUAAUCAGAAGCAGGCAGACAGGGUGUGGCUGGGCAGGGUGGCUUGGGGCAGGGGUGGGGCUCAUCAGGGUCCCCUAGCCUCAGAAGUACACCCACUGUCCUGAGCCUCCAGCAGCUUCUUUGGGCCCAGCAGAGGUAAGGGGGAGGCAGAAUGGAGGGUCAGGCCUGGAGGUACCCUGGGGGACAUGGCUGGCUCUGCCACUCCCCACAUGGAACUACUUCGAAGGCUGUGUGAGCCUUCAGUUUUUCUUCUGCAAACAUGUUCAAACAGCUCCAAAGUUAUAGGAGGGUGGGAGUGCUGGGAGGGUUCCGGGUGGCACCCUCCUGUCUCUGAUGACAGACUCCUGCUGCAUAAAAAAAAAGAAAAUACAUGGCCUUUCCUCCCAAAUAGGGAAGUGGGGCCUGAAAGGAGUGUGUGUGGUGGGGUGGAGUUAUUCAGUGAGUCUGGGCUCAUAACGGGGUUUCACGCCAGAGGGGACAGUCUUGCCAUAGCAGGUUGUGAGGCGAUCUCUACUCAGCCCCCAGUUAUUAGGGUCUGCAGUUUAGGUCAUUGCCAUUCUUGGUUCUCUCACUAGGUUGUGGCCCCUACAGGUGGGUGAUUAAAUGGGCAGAUGUGAAAAGCUGCACCCAUUAGGGUCUGCCUCCAGGGCUCAAUAAAUGUUAGUUACUGACCUCACUAUAGGAACGUUGUUCCUACAGCAGGGAA